AUGCGGACCGAUGACAACGUUCCGCUACUGAAGCGGAGGCUGCGCCAUCACCUACAGUCCCAGUCGAAGCGGGCCCGCGUGGUGCUCUCUGACGACGACAGUACGGGGGAGGAGCGUCGCCCGAUACUCACCGCUGCGGAGAAGGGAAAAGCCAAGGUCGCGGAAGCCCCUGCUAAGGCCCUUGCUCGUCGCCGCACAAGCAACAAGAAGCGGACAUCCAACAGAGACCCGGGAUCCAGCAAGGGUGCGGCUAAGAAGAAGGCGCCAAAUCCUGACGACAUCGUCGUGAACGAGACGCUGGGAAGCAAUGAUGAGUACGCGGCGGCGGCGGGCCUGAUUCCCAGGGAACCUGCGGAGGCCUCCGCACCCCGUGGUGUUGCAGUGGAUCGCGGAGGCUUGGGAUCAAGCGACAACUCGCGCCUGCUCGGUCAGGCUCCAGAAGAGGAGAAGGAGGAGGAGGAGGAGGAGGAGGAGGAGGAGGAGGAGGAGGAGGAGGAGGAGGAGGAGGAGGAGGAGGAGGAGGAGGAGGAGGAGGAGGAGGAGGAGGAGGAGGCGAUGCAGGCGGAGGGCGUGCGGGAGGUGGCCGUGGAAACCGGCCUGGAGGUGCUGUACCAGGAGACCCCCAACUACCGCGGAGUGGCGGCCGAGGCUGACCGCAUGAUCGAGCCUAGGGAGACGGCUAGGCAUGCCUGGCGAGUGCCAGACCUGGGUGUAGAGCCUAAUGUUAGUGCAUGUGAGAAGGCGGUGACUGAGGGGGGUUAG